UUUCUGAGUUAUUUAUUCUUCCUUCCUCAGGAUAUUGGCCUUCAAUGCGGAACUAGACCUGCUCACGAGAUCGGCGCUCAUUGCCGAUACCAGCUUACGAGAUCGGUCCUCGAUACUAUACAGAAGACUCUCAUCCAACGGCGGAUUCAGGCGGGGUCCCACGGGGGCACGGGCCUCCUCCGAAAAAAAAAUCUAUACCUGCAUUUGCUUCGGGCGUUUUGGUUUUGGGCUUUUUGACAAUCCCUUGCCCUAAUACUUCGGUUGUUCGACCUCAGAAGCUCUCGCGUGGAGCAGGAAAAUCAUCUCGUCGCCUAUGUGUUCGGCUUCAGAAGCUCUCGCGCGGUGCACGAAGCUCGUCUUUGUGUUCAGCCUCAGAAGCUCUCGCUCAGCACAAAAAGCUCUUGUUCGUCUCUUCGUUUCUACCCAGGAAGUGGUGGUGAUACGAGAAAGGGCGAUGGGACUUGUGAAGGGCAGGUUCUCAUUCAGAAAGAGACGAGAGGUAGUAGUUGAUUCAAAUGUUAGCCAGACAAUCAACAUCAUCUCCCAUCACGACUUUUCUGAAGGGCUCCGUUCUUGGCAUGCCAAUUGUUGUCAUGUUUAUGUGGCUUCUAAAGAAUCUAGUCUCCUCGAUGGCCCCAAUGGAGUUGUUGCUUACUCAGGAGAGAGUUACAUUGUCAUCACAAAUCGUACGGAGUGCUGGCAAGGUUUGGAACAGGACAUCACUGGGAAACUUUCCUUUGAUACUAAAUAUGACGUGUCAGUUUUUGUUCGUGUGCAUGGGAAUCUACAGGGGUCCUGUGGAGUGCAAGCAACACUUAGAUUAGAGAAUUCAGAUUCUGAUUCUAGCUAUUUAUGUGCUGGAAGUCACCAAAGAAAGCUGGGAGAAGCUGGAAGGAUCUUUUACAUUGACAAGCUUGCCAAGUCGUGCCAUCUUUUAUUUGGAAGGACCUACUCCUGGAGUAGACAUACUUAUAAACUCUGUAAUUAUUUUGCCAACCAGCUCUGAGUAUUACGGGAUGUGGACCAUCCCUUUACUUUAGAUGCGUAGAGUUUGGAUUUUCAAAGCAAAGAAAAAAAGUCUGAGUCUCAACCAUUAUCUUGAACACCUUUUCCACCCUCAGACAUCUCUAUUGCGUUUGGCUUAUGUAGCAUUCAGAUUGGAUAACUCUACGAAAUUACUUUGAUACUUCGACAUAUUAUGAGAAACUUGGGAGACAUCUCUAUUUCUUUUCCCCGUGGUGCUUUCAAGAUUGAGUUCAGUUACUCAUCAAUGUUAAGCUGGGCCACAAACAAGUCAGAUUGCCUUUGUUUUGAUCGAAGUAAUUGAGACUUUGCUAAAAAAUUACCUCAAGAAAUCAAGUGCUUAGCACUCCGUUUAAGGGGCAGUACUCACAGUAGUGUAUUACACUAUUUGGUGUUGGAGAGGAGAAUAUGUAGAUUUGUGUAAUCUCUUUGAAAUGAAAAAUAUACUACGUUCAGCACAUGCCUAUUAUCUAAAGAUAGUAAGUGUUAGGGUUGACUUAUGUCUGUCUCACCACUACCGAGACUACGUUCUAAAGCCUAGAGGAUUUGAACCCUGUUGACUGCACGGUACAAACCAACCCAUCAACCAAAAAAUAAUUCUCAAUGAAAGCAUGAUAUAGAAAUGAUAGCAUAGCCACAACGCCAGCCAAGCCACUUAUAAGAGAUCCAUAAGAUUUUCAAAAAAUUUCCACUUACAAAUCUUAGAAAAAAUAGCUUUUUUAUUUUUGUUGAAAUAGUAGAGUGGCAGCUCAUUAAACCCCCACGUCUGGAAUAGCCAGAACGCCAGUCAAGCCACUUAUAAGAGAUCCAUAAGAUUUUCAAAAAUUUUCCACUUACAAAUCUUAGAAAAAAUAGCUUUUUUUAUUUUUGUUGAAAUAGUAGAGUGGCAGCUCAUUAAACCCCCAAAUUCUCUUUCAUUUCUUUCUUUCCACAUGAAAUAGACAGAGCAUAAAGUAAUAAGAAGGUAGAGGUUUUUAACAGCAACCUCAAAGAACUCAAGAUCGUUAAUCCAUUCCAACAAGUGUAAAACUGUUGGUCUAAGCAAUAGAGAAGAUGACCCCGGCAAUAAUUGGGUUAUAACAGAGUAUGAGAAGUUGCAUUCAAAGAAUAUAUGAGAGCUUCUUUCAUUAGCAGAAUGACAUAGCUGGCAUAAAGGAUCAACAUUGAUAUUUCUUUUGAGUAAUACAUCUAUUUUUUUAACCUCCUAUCAAGGAUAACCAGGUAAAGAUGGAAAAUAUCAAUACAUCUCUUUAAUACCAAAUCAGGUUAUACCAGCAACAUUGCGGAAGUUCUUUGUAAAACACCUUGACAUAAAUCCCAAAUAAACCUUCAGUCGAACUACCCCAAGUUAAAGAAAUUGUAGAGAAUUCAUGAAUGGGAAUAGCUCUGAUGACUGUGGUGAUAGACAAUGGCAAUGUAUUAGGCAAAUUCCUAAGUGUUCCUAAUGAUUAGAUCCUUAACAAGAGCAGACGAGUCUAGUUCUUGCAGAAAAGCAUAUUGCCCUCAGGGAUAUCUUUAAGGGAAUGCCCAGUUCGCUAAUGAUCCCAGUGCAGAGAAAUGGGAGAGGAGGGAAUUAUCCUGAACUUAAAUGCAUUCCUUACCAAAACUGCAAUGUUGCAAAUGGAUUUCCGUAAGACAGGCAUAAGCGGAGGAGGACGCCAAGGUGAGGAGUAUCUAUGGAUUAGCCUGGAUGAUAAAGGAGUUGCAUAGUUGUACAUUAUGCUUGUAACAGAGCAAUUUAAAGCAAAUUGAAGAGAUGAUCGAGAUGGCAAUCCCAAACCACCAGAAUUUUUGAGUUUGCAAACCUUGUCCCAAGAUACCAUACACAUCUUUCUAACAGCAUAAGUAUCACAAAUGAACAAAAAUCUAGAGGAUAAUUUUCUAAUAAAUUUAAUGAUAGUUGUAGGUAAAAUCGAACCCCUAAUCUAAUAAGCAAUGGAGUUCAUAAUAGUAAAUUUCAGAUAUUGCAAAUGACUUACAAAAGAAAGAAGAUUUGCCUUCCAACUAGUCAUUUUCUUUGUGAUUCCAUAAGUGGCAGAAAGCCAGCCACCUUUAGUCUCUUGAAGGAGAGAGAUUCCCAAAUAAGUGAUGUGAGUGCUCAUAUUAGAAAUAGAGAGGGACUAGCAUAUGGCAUGUUGAUUAUGGAGACAAUUGAGUGCCAUAACAGAGCUUUUCUCAAAAUUAAUGUGGAGUUUGGUAGCAUUAGCAAAGGUAUUGAGGAUUUGUGCCAAUUUCUUAUAGUUAUCCACCUCAGAUUUACCAAAUACCAACAAAUUAUCAACAUAUAGGAGAUGAGAUAGUUUGAAGCCAUCAAUAUGAAUACCAGUAAAGCCUCAAUUUAUAAAGGUAGAAAAACAUCCAUAACAAUACAAAAUUGGUAAGGACUGAGCCGGCAACCUUGCCUUAAGCCAGCAUAAGAGGGAAAAUAGCCCUCAACAUCUCCAUUUAUCACAAUAGAAUAGUUGACAUCAAAAAUGCAGGCUUUAAUCCAUUAGAUGAAGGUGCUAUGAAAAUCUUUUUGAACCAAUCUAGCAAGUAAAAAUUCCCUAGAAUCUAUGUCAUAUGCUUUGCGGAUGUCCAACUUAGUAAAAAAGUAAUUAUGAACUCCUCUACAAAGGGCUAAACAAAUGAUCUCAUUGGAAAGGAUGAUGUUAUCCAUUGAAAUUCUAGAUUUGACAAAUCCAGCUUGAUUGUCUCUAACAAUCAAAGGCAUAAUAGGUUUAAGUCUAUUGGCUAGAAUUUUAGCUAUGAUCUUGUAGAGGAUAUUACAUAAAGCAAUUGGUCUGAAGUCGGACAAGUAAUUAUCAUGCUUGGUUUUGGGAAUAAGGUCAAGAGAGUGGCUUUAACCUCUUUAGGAAGAUAGCCUUUAUGAAAGAAGGAUCCACUGCCUUGCACAGAGACGG